AUGCCUCCCUCCAAAGCAAAGAAAGGAUACGGCCUUGGUGGACAUCAAUAUACGCCUAAGCAAAGAAAGGCUUCCCAAGCUGGCACCAGCAAUGCUGAGAAGGAGCCGGACAAGUGGAUCGCAGACAAGCACAAGGCUGAGAAGAGAGAGGCUGAACGGGCUUCAAAGGCAGCUGGCAAUUCGGCUUCAACGACCUUGGCUACGUCAAGCACGUCGCGGAGAUCAAAUUCGUCCAGAUCCAAGACGCCUAGCACCAAGGCGCCGAAGCCCACGGACACCACUCCAGACCCCAACCUUGCUGCCCAGACCAACAUCAACAACUCGAGCACCAAGAACAAAGGCUACUCCCCUCGCUGUCCAAUCCCUUGGGACUGCGACCUCUGCAAGCAUAACAUGUCCGAUGAGGAGAUGGAAAUGAUGAGGAAGGAGUCCAGAAGUGAGUGCUGGAUCCACGAGCAGCUCGAGCGUCCAAGUCGUCCUCUGCCAACUUUCGAGGAGGAGAUCAGCAUCUCGGCUGACAUGCAGACGGCGACGUCGGUGUCGGAUCUGUUCGACUUUGCGGAGCCAGAUUGGCAGGAGCCUGCUCUGCCCCGAUGUGCUUGGCCUUGGUCUUGGUUCUGUGGGUGCUGCCAUAAGAACGUCUUGACAUAUCACACGGAGCACCAUGCAGCGGAGGGGUGA